AUGACAAACGCUACAAACCCUCCAACAUCUACAUCCAAAUCCCAUUCCCAACCCAAGCCCAAACUCCCAGGCCAUCAUCGGGCAGUCACACAAGGAAUGUCCCUCUUGCGUAACGUCCGAGCGUUUCUCACACCUACUGCCAGCGGGGCCAGCAGUCAAGUCGACCUCACCGGCCGAGGAAGCGGUGCGGUGGGAUUCUCCAAGGCGAAAACCGAAUUCGAACUCUUCACGCCAACCGAUCCACAAAUCGACGGUGAGGAUUGUUUACAUGAUUGUUCGACAUGUACGGUGGAAUAUCCUCGGAAAUUCAAUGUUGAUGAAUCAGAUCAUUUGUUUGGUCAUGUCAAGGGGUUUAAUUCGCAUUUGAUUGUUGCGACGGGGAAGAGGGAUUGGGUUCGUGAUGUCAUGGAUGAGAAGGGAAGUGUGAUGGAGGCGGUGGGGAGGGUGGGUGUGGAGAGAAGUAAUGGGAAAGUCAUGUUGAGUGCUUGUGACUUGCCGGUUUGUAAGGAUGGAGAUGAAUAUGAGGAUGAUGGGGAAGUGAGGAGUGAUUGUUUGUUGUUGCCGGCUUGGAGGAUUGUGGAGAGUGUGAGGCCGACUCAGGUUGAUCGAUUGAUGAAGGAGGUGGUUGAUUUGAGUGUUACCAACGAUAUGCCGGUGGGUGGUGUCAAGUCAGUGGUGAGCCAUGGCGAGAAGAAUGGGAUUGUGGGAUCCGCCUUGAAUGGAGAUGCAAAUGGACAGAUUCAUCUUCCUGAUGUGGAUGGUCUACAAAUUGGAGGAGGUCGAGAGUCGACACAGGAGAAUGGUGCAUUGUCAGAACAAGAUCCAACACAGACAUCGAACUCAACCUCAUUAUCAUCACCAACAUCCUUACCGCCACCCGCCACCUCAACUUCACCAUCCAGCCCCAUCUCAUUAUCUCCUACCUUCCGCACCCGACCCAUCCCUCACAAAUACCUUAUCCUCAUGUGCAGCCACAAAACACGAGACGCACGAUGUGGCCAAUCAGCACCUCUUCUACGAAAAGAAUUCGAACGAAUCCUACGACCCUUGGGAUUGUAUCGAGAUGUCCACGACGAACGACCCGACGGUGUAGGUAUCUAUUUCAUCAACCAUGUCGGUGGACACAAGUAUAGUGCGAACGUCAUGAUCUAUCGAAGAGGAGAUGUUGGUGGUGGAGAGGAGACGGAGGAGGCUGGUGCUGGUGCUGGUACUGCUGCUGGCGAGGGAGGUCCGCAGUCAGGAGGAGAAGCAACGCAGUUAAUCUGGCUUGCGAGAGUAAGACCGGAGGAUUGUGAGAAUAUUGUGCGAUUCACUGUCUUGCAGGGGAAAGUUGUCAAGCCGAAUAGACAGUUAAGAGGGGGGUUUGAUAGGGAGAGAGGACUGGCGAGUUGGUGAUGUCUGCGUUAUGACGUGAAGACAUGAGGAUACAAGGGCAUGAGGGCGAAGUCGUUCAGGCAAAGAGUGUCGUGGCUUGCCUAAAGAAAGAAGAAAGGAAUUCUGUCAGUGAUAGCAUACAUAUAUACAUACACACCUGUGGAAUGAGGGAAUAUGGGACAUGGUUAGAAGGAUACAAUCAUAAUAGACAUGAAAGAGAGUCUCUUAGAUUCAUGGAUGCUCUCUGAGGGUUUCACUCG